CAGGGGCGGACUGACCAUUUGCAAACUCGGGCACUGCCCGAGGGCCCGGGGUCAGUAGGAGGCCCCAUGAGAUGCCCCUGGUACCUUUUUCAUAGGCUUUUUUGAGAUUGGGCAAGGACACAGGGGCCCCAUGAUCCCCUAUUGCCCGGGGGCCCCAUGAGUUGUCAGUCCGCCCCUGCUUGCUUUUUUGGGAGAUCAGCGGAGAACAUGUUCAGCCCUUCAUUGGAGAUCUGUGUUCUCUCUCCAGAUUCUCCAGCCCAGAGCUGG